AUGUCACCUUCUCUGGCGUGGACCCUCGCGGCUGUUUCAGCCGCACUUGUGUCAUCGGUUGACAGUUUCAGCAUCCCUCGUUCUGCGCACCAAGCUUGUCGAAUCACCAAUGGAUCGGAAUUGCUGCCUGCUUACGAUUAUGUGAUCGUUGGUGGUGGCACUUCAGGCCUCACUGUGGCUGAUCGUUUAACCGAGGAUGGUAACACUACUGUCCUAGUCCUCGAGGCUGGAAUCUUCGCCUCUGACGCUGAUACCCUCCCCGUUUACGGCGGCGCGCCAGCCCCUUUUUUCUGGCAGUCCAAACCCCAGGAGAACUUGGGCAACCGCACAGUUGAUGUCUGGCUUGGAAAGAUGGUCGGCGGUAGCUCCGGCGUUAACGCCAUGAUGGCUUCACGAGGCUCAGCCAUGGACUACGAUCGCUGGGGUAAGCUGUUCCCUGAAGCAAAUGGCUGGGAUUGGGAAGGCAUGCUGCCAUACUUUCGCAAGGGUCUUCACAUGAAUCCUCCUGCCCCUGAGAUGGCCGAGCGUUUCAACAUGUCAACUAAUCCCAAGUACUGGGGCAAGGACUCGCCUAUCCAGGCAAGCUUCCCUAACUACGAAUACCCAGGAUUAGAACACAUGACAAAAGCCUUUUACGAACUCCCUGGUGUAGAGGCUGUUGAAGACAGUGGCGCUGGUGGCGCAGGCGUGUACUGGUUUCCUACCCUGAUGGACCCUUAUCGUUAUGAACGUUCCUUCGCCGAAGUCGCUCAUCACCGAGGCCUUUACCGCCCCAACUACCAUGUUGCUCCCUCGUCCCCCGUUCGAAGAGUCCUUAUGAAGAAGGGGGCUGCUACUGGUGUUGAGUUCUACGGUGAGAAUGGUCUCCUCAACGUCAAGGCUAACAAAGAAGUUUUGAUGGCUGCUGGUGCGGUCCACACCCCCCAGCUUCUUCAGCUCAGUGGUAUUGGUCCUAAGAAGCUCCUCCAUGCUGCUGGUAUCAAAACACUUGUCGACCUUCCUGGUGUUGGCCAAAACUUCCAGGACCUUAUUAAUAUUGGUGUCUCAAUUGUGCUUGAAGGUCUCAAGAAAAUCCAUCCCAACCCAUUCGAUAUGGCCAAUGGUACUAAUUUCAAGAACUGGGCGGAUGAGGCUUGGGCCGCCAAUCGCACAGGACCGUACUCGAUCGCUUGGGGUAACCUCGCUGGUUGGCUUCCUUUCUCCGCCGUCUCUCCUGAGCGACAUCUUGAACUGGCUGCCCAGCUCGAGAACCAGGACCAUGCUAGUUACCUGUCGGGUGAUGUCCACCCCACUGUUGCCAAAGGAUACGCGGCUCAGAUGAAGAACAUGGCGGAUGCUAUGCGAUCCAAGGACGUUGUCUUCGCUCGUUACCUCGUCGACGCCAAGACCGGAGCAUCAGCCCCUAUUCUUAACCAGCCCCUGAGUCGCGGCUCCAUCACGGUCAACUUGAAAGAUCCUUACGGUGCCAACCCUGUUGUUGACUUUGGAGCACUUCGCAAUCCCGUUGAGCGCAGCGUUCUUGUUGAGAUGGUCAAGUGGUACAGGCGAUACAACUUUGAGACCUCCCUGUCUGGUCUGGUACCCAACGAGACUGCCCCCGGCGCAGACGUUGUUUCGGACGAGGCUAUCUCAGCUUGGAUCUCCAAGGCUCUUUUCCCCACCAACUAUCACCCAGCUGGCACUGCUGCUAUGAUGCCUUUAAAUCAUGGUGGUGCCGUUGACCAGCAGCUUCGGGUUUAUGGUAUCAAGAACCUGCGUGUCAUCGACGCCAGUAUCAUGCCCUCUCUGCCUGGUGCUAACACCUGCCAGCCUGUCUAUGCUAUCGCUGAGAAGGCUGCCGACAUUAUCAAGUCUCAUGCCUGA